AUGUCUAUUUCAUCUUCGAAGGCUAAAAGAGAACAGAAGCGUGCUGAGAGAGAGGCUGCUAAGGCUGCCUCCGGCAAGACUACUAAGAAGACCAAGAAGCAGGCCGCAAAGGAUGCUGAAGAGGUGAUUGAAGAAGAUGCCUCUGCCACUAUUGCAAAAUUGAAGUUGCAAACUGACGAGCAUGGAUUGUCCGACAGAGUGGUCACCGGUGUUUUGGACUCCUUGGAGACUUCCAGAGAUUUGAAGAUUUCGUCCUUGUCUUUGUUGUUCCACGGUAAAGUGUUGAUCCAGGACUCCACCUUGGAAUUGAACUUUGGUAGAAGAUACGGUUUGUUGGGAGAGAACGGAUGUGGAAAGUCCACUUUUUUGAAGUCGUUGGCUGCCAGAGAGUAUCCUGUGCCAGAACAGAUUGAUGUGUACUUGUUGAACGAGCCUGCUGAGCCAUCUGAGUUCUCUGCUUUAGAGUACGUCGUCAGAGAGGCCGAAGCUGCAUUGAAGCUGUUGGAGGACCAAGUCGAGGACAUCAUUGUCAAAGACGGCCCAGAAAACCCAGCCUUGGAAGGUUUAUAUGAGAGAAUCGACUCCAUGGAUCCAUCCACUUUCGAAUCCAGAGCUGCCGUGAUCUUGACUGGUUUGGGUUUCAACUCCGUCACCAUCAACAAAAAGACCAAGGACAUGUCUGGUGGAUGGAAGAUGCGUGUUGCUUUGGCCAAGGCUUUGUUCGUCAAGCCAACCUUGUUGCUUUUGGACGACCCUACCGCCCACUUGGAUUUGGCUGCCUGUGUGUGGUUGGAAGAAUACUUGAAGAGAUGGGAUAGAACCUUAGUGUUGGUUUCUCACUCCCAGGAUUUCUUGAACAGUGUCUGUACCAAUAUGAUUGAUAUGCGCAUGAAGUUGCUCCUCCAGUACGGUGGUAACUACGACUCCUACCUUAAGACCAGACAGGAACAGGAGACCAACCAGAUGAAGCAGUACAACAAGCAACAGGAAGAAAUUGCUCACAUCAAGAAGUUCAUUGCUUCCGCCGGUACCUACGCCAACUUGGUCAAGCAGGCCAAGUCCAGACAAAAGAUUUUGGAUAAGAUGGAGGCUGACGGAUUGAUCCAGCCAGUUGUUCACGAGAAGGUGUUCUCCUUUAAAUUCCCAGAAGUGGAGAAGUUGCCUCCUCCAGUGUUGGCUUUCGACGAUAUGUCCUUCUCAUACUCUGGCAAGGAAGAAGACAACUUGUACGAACACUUGGACAUUGGUAUUGACAUGGACUCGCGUGUGGCCUUGGUUGGUCCUAACGGUGUGGGUAAGUCUACCUUGUUGAACUUGUUCCAGGGUAAAUUGACCCCACAGAAGGGUAGAGUCAUCCAGCACACCCACAUCAAGUUGGGAGUCUACUCCCAGCACUCGCAAGACCAGUUGGACUUGACCAAGACGCCUUUGGAGUUUGUCAGAGACAGAUUCCCAGAGAUCUCCCAGGAUUUCCAAUACUGGAGACAGCAGUUGGGUCGUUUUGGUUUGACUGGUGAGGGACAAACUUCUCAGAUGGCUACAUUGUCCGAGGGUCAGAGAUCCAGAGUUGUGUUUGCCCUUUUGGCUAUUGAGGCUCCAAACUUGAUCUUGUUGGAUGAGCCUACUAACGGUUUGGAUUUGUCCACCAUUGACUCUCUUGCCGAGGCCAUCAACGAUUUUAACGGUGGUGUGGUUGUUGUGUCGCACGACUUCAGAUUGUUGGACAAGAUUGCCAAGGACAUUUUCGUCAUUGAGAACAAGACUGCCACCAGAUGGAAUGGUUCUAUCUUGGACUACAAGAAGAGAUUGGCUGCGGAUGUUGUGCUCUAA